AACACCAUGACACCUCUCAUGAUUGCGUUCUUCCUCGAAUGUCUGUUCUUGGGGGAGAUGACUCAGACAUCGGAUCCAAAACCGUUGAUAAAAGUGCGCCAAGAGAGUGGAUUCAUAUCAGCUAAUGUUGGUGAGGAGGUCACUUUGAGCUGUUUCUAUGAAGGUGAAUUUGCAUCAAAGUAUUACUGGUACAAGCAAACUCUGGGACAGAAACCAGAGCUCAUCUCUAUGUCCUACAAAUAUGAAACAAAUGUAAACUUUCACGGUGAAUUCCAGAAUAAUUCACGCUUCACACUGGAUAAUACAAAUGGUCGUAAUCACUUAAGGAUCACAGACGUGCGCAUUACAGACACAGCUACAUACUACUGUGCACGUAGCAGUUUGUCCUUGUUUGAAUUUAUGGAGGGCACCACUCUCAGUGUAAAAGGCUCAGGUUUGAACUUUCAAUUGUUGAUCAAUCAAUCAGCAUCUGAGACCACCAAGCAUGGAGAUGCUGUGACCCUGAGCUGUACGGUCCACACUGGGACCUGUGAUGGAGAACACAGUGUUUACUGGUUCAGAAACUCUGAAGAAUCUCACUCAGGACUCAUUUACACCCAAGGAGACAGGAAUAGUUCAUGUCCAAGGAAACCCAACCAACAAAGCUGUGAGUACAACUUACCAAUAAAGAGCGUUGAUCACUCUCAUGCUGGGACUUACUACUGCGCUGUCGCUUCAUGUGGACACAUUCUGUUUGGAAACGGGACCAAGGUGAUCAUCACAGAUGUAGAGCAUCUGGUGUAUAUCUUGAGUGGAGCUUUGACUUUUACCAUCAUCUUGAUUUUAUUGUUGGCCGUCAUUACGUGCUUGAUCUACAAGAGAAACAACUGCAAGUGUAAAGAAUCUGGUGCAAUAAUUUCAACUCCCUCCACAACAGAUGAACAGGGUGACCACAAUGAGGAAGACAUCCAUUACGCAGAUUUGAGGGGACACAGGGUCAACAGAUCCAGAAGACCAUGAAACAUUGAGGAUGAAUGUGUGUACUCGGGUAUAAAACAGUAGACAAAGUGAUUAGUAAUGAUCUUAUAAAUUAGCCUUUUAGACAUAGUGGUCAUCUUAAUAGUAUCUUUUUGGAUUGGUAAACAGAGUCCAUUUCGAAUAGGCCAGAUCGGCAGGUCAAUCCGUGUCAGUCCAGAAGAUAGGACUCUGUAGUCGGGGACUUCAGAGCAGAUACCAUCUUCACAUUUAUAUGAGGCUAUUUAUUUUUUUUGUACUUUAUUGUCAUUUCUGUAUGUCUUUUGGAUCUUUUAUUCAAACAUCUUUUCAUAUAUUUUUUUAUCAGUGAUGUGACAGUUUUUUAGUGAUUUUAAAAUAUUACAUUUUUACGUUUCUCAUUCUCUUAGUCAUGAGGCUUUUGAUGUCUUGUGUCAAGCACUUGUGUGAAUUGCCUUGUUGCUGAAAUGUGCUAUUUAAAUAAACUUGACUUGACUUUAGAUGCUGUAGUUCUCU